AUGGCUGGCACUACCACCGAUGUUGAGGCUCGGGCGGCGAGUGGUCUUCGAUCUGUCGUAUACUUUGUCAAUUGGGCAAUCUAUGGACGCAGUCACAAUCCACAGGAUUUGAAGAUUGAUCAGUUCACUCAUAUCUUAUACGCCUUUGCCAACAUUCGACCCUCGGGAGAAGUGUAUCUAUCUGACCCAUGGGCCGACACUGACAAGCACUACCCGGGCGACAGGUGGGACGAACCGGGCAAGAAUGUGUACGGCUGUGUCAAGCAAAUGUUCUUGCUCAAGAAGAAGAACCGAAAUUUGAAGACCUUGCUGUCCAUUGGGGGAUGGACUUAUUCAAAAAAUUUCAAAGCUCCGGCGAGCACGGAGGCGGGGAGGAAAAUGUUUGCAGAUUCCUCGCUGAAGUUGAUGAAGGAUUUGGGAUUUGAUGGUAUUGAUAUUGACUGGGAGUAUCCUGAGGAUGAGAACCAAGCAAAUGACCUCGUGCUCUUGCUUAAAGCCUGCAGAGAGGCUCUUGAUGCGUAUUCCGCAAAGCACCCGGAAGGCAAGAAGUUCUCUCUCACUGUUGCCUCGCCAGCAGGUCCCCAGAAUUACAACAAGAUGAAGCUGGCAGACAUGAACAAGUACCUUGAUUUCUGGAACCUCAUGGCCUACGAUUUCAGCGGUAGCUGGAACAAAGUAGCGGGCCAUAUGUCGAACGUCUUCCCUUCGACCACCAAGCCGGAAACCACGCCAUUCAGCGGCGACAAGGCUGUCAAGGACUACAUCAAAGCCGGUGUUCCAGCGAAUAAGAUCGUCCUCGGAAUGCCCCUUUAUGGGAGAGCUUUCGCAGAGACGGAUGGAAUCGGCGCUGCCUUUAGCGGUGUCGGCGGUGGCUCUUGGGAGAACGGAGUCUGGGACUACAAAGCCAUGCCACAGCCGGGUGCUCAGGUCACCGAGUUGGACGAUAUCGCCGCCUCGUACUCUUACGAUAAGGGCAAGCGGUACCUGAUCAGCUACGACACGCCCAAGAUAGCGGGUCAGAAGGCCGAGUAUGUCACGAAGAAUGGCCUUGGAGGUGGGAUGUGGUGGGAAAGCAGCAGCGACAAGACGGGCUCUGACAGCCUUGUUGGAACCGUUGUUGGGAAAUUCGGUGGCUUGGGAAGCCUUGAGAAGCGAGAGAACGAGAUCAACUACCCAGAGUCGAUCUACGACAAUCUGAAGAAUGGAAUGAAAUAG